AGAAAUGCUCGCCUGCCGUGUCCACCACCGCACCGACGCCGGGCUAUAAAAUCCCCGCCCGCCCACCAUUCGAAAACACAGCAUCCAGAGCAGAGCAAGCGGUAAACAAGAGCAGUGUUUCUGUUUCCGAGCCGAGCGAGCGAGAUCAUCAGUAGCAAGAGCCAAGAGGAUUUGGUUUCCAGGUGCCAUGGCGGACAUCGCGUUGCUGGUGGCGGAGGAGUUCGAGAAGAGCGUGAAGCGGGGAGCCCCCGGCGAGGCGGCCGGGGACGGCGGCGACAGGAGGAACUUCGGCGCCGUAGCCAAGGUGUGGAACUCCUGGGUGGAGUCCGCAGCCGCCGCCGCGUCCGGGGUGCGGGUCAACGUCGCCGUGCAGCUCAGGGAGCUGGAGCCCAAGAGCGGGCUCGGCCUGGCCGCCGUCGACGGCCUCUUCUCCGCCUAGCGGCAUCAUCGCGCUCUCGCAUCUUUUGAUUCGGCGGAAGAGCUGUGUUCGUUCUGUACUAGUAUGUCUCUUCCCCUGAGUGAUCAAAAUCAUAUGCCGGUGUAACCUGUACAUUCGUAAUCUGAAACUAAAUACAAACAUCCCAGCCUCCAUCUCA